AUGGAGGCUAUGAGCGGGAAUGGACAGAUGUGCUACCAAGAGUUUCAAAUGUACCCACCAAUGUUGCGCCACUUUGCACAUUUGCUGCGAGACAAAUAUAGUAUAACAAGAAGCCAGCAGGUAGAUAUCUACGAGAAAGUUGGUAUGUUCCUGUGCAUACUUGCACACGGGAAGGGAUAUCGACAGGAUUGUAUUGGGGUUAUUGACGGAACACAUGUGCGAGCCGUGCUCCCGCGCCACGAACGGGUGCACUUCAUUGGUCGAAAAGGAAUACCAACCCAAAAUGUGUUGGUCGCAUGUGAUUUCAAUUUAUGUUUCACAUUCGUGCUUGCUGGUUAUAUCGGGAACACGCAUGACGCACGAAUUCUAGCUUGUGCUAUAUACAGCCCGGAGAUAGAAUUUCCGCAGCCAGCAACGGGAAAGUAUUAUUUGGUGGAUUCCGAUUUUGCUCAUCGACCGGGGUAUAUGGCCCCUUACAAAGGUCAGCGUCGUAGGUUUCGAAAUACUCGUGAGAAGUUCAACUUCAGGCACUCUUCGUGCAAGAAUGUCAUUGAACGUGCAUUUGGUGUGUUGAAGCAGAGAUGGAAAAUCUUUGAUCGUUUGCCUAGUUACUCGUUCCCAACACAAGUUGCAGUUGUCUUAGCUACUAUGGCCGUUCACAAUUUUCUGCGUCGUUCGGGAGUUGUGGACGAGGCAUUCGCAAGAGCGAAAACGGAUGAUGACGUUGCCGAGGUGGAGUUACCUAACGCUGAGGAUGAAAUUCAGGUCGAAGUAAAUGCGCCGGAGAUACAACGGAAUGAGUGGGAUAGACUUCGCGAUUACAUGACACAACAAUCGUGA